AUGGCGGCGGCCGUGCCGGGGCUGGUGGACUGUCACUGCCACCUGGCCGCGCCCUGCUUCCUGACGGACGUGGCGGACGUGGUGCGGGCGGCGCAGCAGGCGGCCGUGACGGCGCUCGUCGUGGUCUCGGAGCACGUGGGGGACUUCGACCGGAUCGCYGAGCUCGCCGAGAGGUUCCCCGGGUUCGUCCUGCCCUGCCUGGGACUUCACCCCAUCCAGGAUGUAUCCCCGGAGGAGCGGCGCAGCGUCACGCUGCAGGAUCUGCACGCUGCGCUGCCGCUUAUAGAGCGCUAUGAAGAUAGGCUGGUAGCAAUUGGAGAAGUUGGACUAGAUUUCGCUCCCAGAUAUGCAAGCACAGAUGAACAGAAAGAAGAACAAAGACAGGUUUUGAUCCAGCAGAUUCAGUUAGCAAAAAGACUGGAUUUGCCCUUAAAUGUUCAUUCCUACUCAGCCGGAAGGCCAACCAUUCGUCUCUUACAGGAACAAGGUGCUGAGAACGUGUUACUCCAUGCAUUCGAUGGGAAGCCAUCUGUAGCAAUGGAAGGGGUGAAAUCUGGAUAUUUCUUCUCCAUCCCGCCUUCUGUUAUAAGGAAUGAGCAGAACCAGAAACUUGUGAAACUCUUACCUCUGGAAAAUAUAUGCUUAGAAAGUGACUCUCCUGUUCUGGGGCCUGUAAAACAGGAAAGAAAUGAACCAAAAAAUAUUUACAUAGCUGCCGAAUGUAUUGCCAGAAUUAAAGGAAUCCCAGUUGAAGAAGUUAUAGAAGUGACAACACAGAAUGCGCUGAGGGUAUUUCCAAAACUUCGGAACUUUCUUCGCUUAUAGGCUUAGCAUUACAUAAAACCUGAAAUAAGUUACGUCACAGAAACYGCUGUUUAUGGCCUCAUAAAUAAAACCAACACACGUUCUGUCUCAAAGUGGAGUUUUGCUGUAGGAGAGUCCAAGAAAUCUGUUGCAUAGUUGCGUGCUGUGGUCUAUAUUGUGUAUUUCUUGAAUAUAUUGUUCUUGCACAUCAUUGUCAUGUUAAACAUGGGCUAAAGUUGGAUCAUUUCCAUCUGUCAUCUUCCUGAAUGAACGUAAAGAAGAGCAGCACAAAAUUUGGAUAAUGUAAAGUGUAUUUUUUCAGAGUGCUUGUCUGCUGCUCCUAGCCUGGGGUAUGGCUAAUGCUCAGUGCUCAACGUCAUCCUCAUCCCUCGGUUUCUGCCUUUGUGCACGUAGGGAAGUCAGCCGGUUAGCACGUCUUUACAGUGCGUAAUCCCCGGGACACAUCCCUGCCUGAGCCCCUUGAGAAGCUCUGCUGGACGAGRUGUUUUUGGUGCAUUUUGUUGCUUCAGCUCUGAGAGCAGUGCAGAAGCACAGCUCCAGUUUCCUUCAAAGGAUUUGGAAGAAGAGCUGCAGCCCUUCGACUCCUUCCUCCGCUUCCCCUGUGUGCAGUAGCUCAGAACUUGCUUUCUCCUGGAGUGAGAUCAUUAGAUUUCGCUCUUUUCUACGUUCAAGGUGAGCCAGGUCAUCUUCUCCAGAAGAUGUGUUGAAGACAARAUCUGUGCUAUUUUGAGAAGGUUCUGAUCUUUGUUUUGUUUCCUUUUAGAACCAUAUUCUAUUUUAUAUAGGUAAAUUAUGGGUUAGAAAGAAGUUGUAACUAGUCUGAGAAAGAGGAGCCUUAAGUUCAUUCCUAUUUCAAGAAUUUUCUGUUSUUGCUGUUUAACUCUUCUGACUGCUCCAUAUCAGGAGCAAUCAGAUGUGAGAGGUAGGCAAUCCCCAGUUUUGUGAGAUUCUGGAGGUGCCUCUCUGCUGUACAGGCACAUUGGAUGCCUGCCUUGAAGCUGUAAAUUGAGAUACAUUGGCCAAUGGCCUAAAAACUGAAUGCUCUGCUGCCUCACGGGGUCUGUGUGGAUGUGAACCUGUUGAAACACCAACAUUUUCUUGACUGUAAAACAGCAAUGAGCCAAAUAAGUUAUGAAGGUGAAUUGUUCUGAGGGUCAGCUAAAGAACA